GCUGGUCUCAAACUCCUGACCUCAGGUGAUCCGCCCGCCUCAGCCUCCCCAAGUGUUGGUACAGGCGUGAGCCACCACGCCCAGCCAGAAACACAACUGUUCCUACUGGUUUUUUGCUUGUUUGUGUAAAGAGCAACUUUGAGAGGGAUAUAUGGAGUCUAGAAAGGAGAACAAUUGCUUUCCUAGACUCACCCAAGGCUGGCCCCCCCUAGAAAAUGCACUCUCCUCCCCAAAAUCCACCCCCUCACAGGAGGCAGGGUUUUUCUUUUGGGCAAACCUGCUCCUGGGGAGAGGAGGUGGCAAAACCUGUUUGAAGAUGAGGUUACCUCCCCUCCACACCUCCCUCCUUGGAGGCAAGAACUACAACAGCUGAGACAGAAAAGAGGUAAAGAAGUGUUGGAGGCUGGGACAACCAGCUCCCCAACAACUCCUAGGUGUUUAAAGAAGGAGGCAGGAAGACUUGUGAAGAUGGGAACGAUACAAGAGGCAGGAAAAAAGACAGAUGUUGGGGUCAGGGAGAUUGCAGAAGCACCAGAACUAGGAGCAGCCCUGAGACAUGGGGAAUUGGAGCUGAAGGAGGAAUGGCAGGAUGAAGAAUUCCCUAGAUUGCUUCCUGAGGAGGUUGACCCUUCUGAAGAUCCUGGAGACCCUAAAGGAGAUUCACAGGCAGGUACUCCCAGCACUUUAGCCCUGUGUGGCCAGCGCCCCAUGCGCAAGCGUCUUUCUGCCCCAGAGUUGCGACUGAGUCUGACUAAGGGGCCUGGAAAUGAUGGAGCUUCGCCCACCCAGUCUACGCCUUCCUCUCCUGAUGGCAGUUCUGACCUGGAGGUAGACGAAUUGGAGACACCUUCAGACUCGGAGCAGCUGGACAGUGGACAUGAAUUUGAAUGGGAAGAUGAACUACCCCGGGCAGAGGGUCUGGGCGCCAGUGAGGCAGCUGAAAGGCUGGGCCGAGGUUGUAUGUGGGAUGUGGCUGGAGAAGAUGGACGUCACUGGAGGGUGUUCCGAAUCGGACCACGGGAGCAACGCGUAGACAUGACUAUCAUUGAGCCCUAUAAGAAAGUCCUGUCUCAUGGAGGUUACCACGGUGAUGGCCUCAAUGCUGUCAUCCUUUUUGCUUCCUGUUAUCUACCUAGAAGCAGCAUCCCCAACUACACCUAUGUCAUGGAACACUUGUUUAGGUAUAUGGUGGGAACUCUGGAGCUGCUAGUAGCUGAAAAUUACCUGCUUGUUCAUUUGAGUGGAGGCACAAGCAGGGCCCAAGUUCCACCUCUGAGCUGGAUACGCCAGUGUUACCAUACCCUGGAUCGGCGGCUACGGAAAAACCUGCGAGCCCUGGUGGUUGUCCAUGCUACAUGGUAUGUGAAGGCAUUUCUGGCACUGCUUCGGCCCUUCAUCAGUUCCAAAUUCACACGAAAAAUCCGUUUUCUGGACAGCCUGGGGGAGCUGGCCCAACUCAUAUCCCUGGAUCAAGUCCACAUCCCUGAAGCUGUCAGACAGCUGGACCGGGAUCUCCAUGGCUCAGGAGGGACCUAACAUAGGACUGGAUAAAAGGCCUUAGAACCAGUUAGUGAUCUGCCUACACCCGAAUCCCUGAAACAUCUGAGCUGUUUUGUAAAUCAUCUUAUCCCCAAUCUCAGUACCACCGGAUCUUCACUUCUCAGUGGGAUUUUGUCCUUUGCAUGACCCUGCCUUCAGCAGGGCUUUGAGACUGGGAAACUGAUCUGCUGGGUGACUUUCAUUCCAGUUGUUGGGGCGGAAGGCUGAAUGUAGGGUCAUUUUGUAUGGGAUAUGCAGAGCUCUGGGGUUGUUUUGUUUUUUGAGACAGAGUCCGGCUCUAUGGCCAAGCUGGAGUGCAGUGGCGCCAUCUCGGCUCAUUGCAACAUCUGCCUCCUGGUUCGAGCCAUUCUUCUGCCUCAGCAUCCCGAGUAGCUGAGACUACAGGCACACACCACGCCCAACUACUUUUUUUGUAUUUUUAGUACAGACGGGGUUUCACCUUGUUGGCCAGGAGGAUGGUCUCGAUUUCUUGACCUCGUGAUCUGCCCGCCUCAGCCUCCCAAAGUGCAGAGAUUACAGGUGUGAGCCACCGCACCGGGCCAGAGCUCUGGGUUUUAAUCCUACUUUAGCUGUAGAACCUUGGGCAAAUGAUCUUUUUGGGUCCUCAUUUUCCUCCUGUCUAACUGGAGGGGUGUGAUCCUUCCACCUUGGAUGGAAGAGGCUUACCGUCUUGACAGCCAGCCUGCCUGCUGGGAGCCGGGAGAGUCAGCUCAUUAAAUCUUGAAGAACCCCUGUAUUCCCUUUUUCCUUCUAAGUCAUGUCUGCUGCCUGUGAGCCUGGGAAGGAGUGCUUUCAAAACCUGUAUUUUUGCCCUCUUUAGUAAAUUUAGAACUGUAGAGACUAAUAAACUGCGAUGAGACAUUUAAGCUCUACUCCAAA